GAUAUAUAUACAUUUUUAAUGGCACCUUUCUUUAGAAUCUGGCGGGAAUACAUCGUCCAUUGAUAUUAAUAUUUUUAAAUUGAUAUUUUUUGUAUUAUAAAAAAAUUGAAUUAUAUAAAAUAAUAAUAUCAUAAAAUUUAUAACGAUACAAUGCCAGAUGUGACAAUUAAUAAUAUUAUUAUAAAUUUUCCUUUUAAACCAUAUUCGAUCCAAGAAGAAUAUAUGGCAAAAGUGAUACAAUGUCUUCAAAAUAGUAAAAAUGGUGUUUUAGAAUCUCCAACCGGUACUGGAAAAACACUCAGUCUUUUAUGUUCUUCCUUAAGUUGGUUAUUAACAAAAAAAGCUCAAUUACAAGCACAAUCAUUAGUGAAUACAAUUGAAGAACCCAAUUUUGGUGGACAUUUUUUCAAACAAUUAAAUAAUGGACUCAAAAAAAGUACAGGAGAUUCAGAAUCUAUUACUUUUAAUUGGAAUGCACCAAAAAUUAUUUAUGCAUCUAGAACACAUUCUCAACUUUCACAAGCAAUGCAAGAAUUAAAAAGAACUUCUUAUAAACAUGUAGGCACAGCUGUAUUAGGAUCUCGAGAUCAAUUAUGUAUUCAUCCAGAAGUUUCUAAAGAAACUAAUAGUUCAAACAAGAUAUAUAUGUGUCAUUCUAAAGUAAAAUCUAGAACAUGUUUUUAUUAUAAUAAUAUUGAAAGCAGAAAAGAUGAUCCAUUUUUUAAACAAGAAAUACUUGAUAUAGAAGAUUUAGUGAAAGCUGGACAAAAAUUCAAAUGUUGUCCAUAUUUUUUAUCCAGAGAACUCAAACAAAAUGCAGAUAUCAUUUUUAUGCCAUAUAAUUAUAUACUAGAUGCAAAAUCACGAAAAAUACAGGGUAUAGAUAUACAAAAUAAUAUUAUUCUUUUUGAUGAAGCACAUAAUAUUGAGAAAAUCUGUGAAGAAACAGCAUCAUUACAAAUAUCUAGUACAGAUAUUGCAAUGUGCAUUGAUGAAAUAACAGUUGUAAUGGAAGAUAUGGCUAAGGAUAUUGAACAACAAAAUAAUUUUUUAAUGGAAAAUUCAGAAAAUGUCCAAAAAGAUUUUACUGCAGAUGAUUUAUGCAUUUUGAAAGCUAUGUUUUUGGAAUUGGAAAAAGCUAUUGAUGCUAUAUCAAUUGUAAAACGUGAUGAAGGAGAUACAUUUCCUGGUGGAUACAUUUUUGAAUUACUAGGAAAGGCACAAUUAAUCCAUGGUAGAGAACAACUUGUAAUAGAAAAAUUAGAGAAAAUUGUUUUUUAUUUAACUACUACAAGCACUUCUCCAUUUACAAGAAAAGGUAAUGCACUUCAAAAAUUCAGUGAUUUAUUAAAAACUGCAUUUAGUAGUGAUAAUAGUUUACUCUCUAAAGAAAAAAUCAAACAAUAUUAUAAAGUGUAUAUACAAUUAGAAGAACACAAAAAAUCAAAACAAAAUGAUGUUUGGGACAAAAAAAAAAUACUUUCAAAAAAUGAAGGCAAAAUUAUUAAUUAUUGGUGUUUUAGUCCUGGAUUUAGUAUGCAACAACUCAAAAACCAAGGAGCACGUGCAAUAAUAUUAACAAGUGGUACAUUAUCUCCUUUGAAACCUUUCAUAUCUGAACUUGGAAUACCGAUUGAAGUUCAAUUAGAAAAUUCACAUAUUGUAAAAGAAGAUCAAAUUUGUGUUGGUAUACUUAGUCAAGGUCCUGAUGGUUAUUCAUUAAAUUCUUCUUUUAAUACAAGAAAUGAUCCAAAAUACAUAAGAUCUCUUGGACAGACAAUAUUUAAUUUUAGUUGUCUUGUUCCUUAUGGUUUACUUGUGUUUUUUCCUUCAUAUCCAAUAAUGAAAAAAUGUAAAGAAGAAUGGCAAAACACAGGUUUAUGGACUAAAAUUGCAGAUCGUAAACCUAUAUAUGUCGAACCACAGUACAAAGAUGGUUUUAUUAAUGUUAUGAAUGAAUAUUAUGAAAAAAUUAAAGAUCCUUCAUGUAAAGGAGCUAUUUUUAUGGCAGUUUGUAGAGGUAAAGUAAGUGAAGGACUUGAUUUUGCUAAUGCAAAUGGAAGAGCUGUAUUAAUUACUGGUCUUCCAUUUCCACCUUUAAAAGAUCCUAGAGUUAUAUUAAAACAACGAUAUUUGGAAGAAAUAAAAAAACAAGAUAAAGAGGCUUUAUCUGGCCAACAGUGGUAUCAACUUGAAGCAUCACGAGCUGUUAAUCAAGCUAUUGGUCGUAUAAUACGCCAUAAAAAUGAUUAUGGAGCUAUAAUUCUUUGUGAUUAUCGAUUUGAUAAUCCAAGUUUUAAAAAACAGUUAUCUGCUUGGCUUAGACCUCAUAUAAAAAAUUUUACUUGUUUUGGUAUCAUUGUAAAAGAGUUAAAAGGUUUUUUUAGAUAUGCAGAACAUACUUUUCCACAACCAAAUAUAAUUAAUAUACAAUCUACAAAUAAUUGCGUUUCAUUACCAGCAGUCUCAGCAUCAUUUGACACAACUGUAUCACGAAACGUAAAAGUUACUUCUAAAGAGGAUAUUGUAAUAUCUUCUGAAGAUAUUUUCACUAUUGAUACUUAUAUUAGUGAAGAUAAGAAAGAUAAGCAAUUAACUGAAACAAAAAGAAAAAAUUUGUUUGAACUUUUAGAAACAGAAUCAAAGCCUAUAAUUAAUUUUAGUGAUUGUAAAUUGAAAAGAAAUUAUGUCACUUGUGAACUAACAAAAAAUAUUAGUGAACCAAUUAUGAAAAAAAGAAAAAUAAAAAUGUUGCCAAUAGAAUUUAAUGAACAUUUGUCAGGUCCUUCAACUUCUUCAUGUAAGAAUAGAGAAGAUACAAAUAAUAUAAUACAUUCUCAACAAAUAUUAGGAGAAACUAGUAAUAAAACUGAUAAAAAAACUUUGGGCAAAAUGUACUUAAAAGAAGUAAAACUUUCUUUAUCAGAAACAGAUUAUAAAAUAUUUGCAACAAUGAUACAAGAUUAUACAAAAACAAAUAAUUUGGAAGUAUUAUUAAAAAUACUUCAAGAUUUGUUUUCACCAAAUAAAGGAUUAUUUCACUUAUUUAUAGGAUUCAAACAUUUUAUAAAAAAGUAUCAUAUUUCUGAAUUUGAAAAUUAUAUUACUCUUGUCACAAAUACACAAAAAAAAUCAUAA